AUUUAUAUAAUAUAAAUAAUUGGAAACGAAUAUAGAAGAGAUAUGGCAACGUUGCGUUGCGCAGACCAGGACCAGCGUUGAGAACUAUAUUAUCGGCGUAGAAACACUUCCUUCCAAAAAAACAGCCAUGGCGCCCGUUGCGAAAAAGGAGAAGAAAGAAGUUAAAGACAAAUCCAAAAAUGUAAUGAAGGAUUUGCACAUCCGCAAACUUUGCCUGAACAUCUGCGUUGGUGAAUCUGGUGACAGACUUACCCGUGCCGCUAAGGUACUGGAACAACUGACUGGCCAACAACCAGUUUUCUCCAAAGCCAGAUACACUGUACGUUCUUUCGGUAUCCGUCGUAAUGAAAAGAUUGCCGUGCACUGUACAGUACGUGGCGCCAAAGCUGAAGAGAUCCUUGAGAGAGGUCUUAAAGUACGUGAAUACGAAUUGAGGAGAGAUAACUUCUCUGCCUCUGGAAACUUCGGUUUUGGUAUCCAGGAACACAUUGACUUGGGUAUUAAAUAUGACCCUAGCAUUGGUAUCUAUGGUCUUGACUUUUAUGUAGUCUUGGGUCGUCCAGGUUUCAACGUUGCCCACAGGCGCAGGAAACAAGGAAAAGUAGGAUUUCCACACAGGUUAACUAAGGAAGACGCCAUUAAAUGGUUCCAACAGAAAUAUGAUGGUAUCAUCUUGGCUAGUAAGAAAUAAGUUAAAUCCUGCAUGGUGUAUCCAUGAUUUUAUCUGAUUAACAUAAAAGUAUGUUUACACCAAAUAAAGUUUAUAUAAAACA